AAAACAGUUAAAUUUACAGAAAAAAGCUAAAGAAAAGCCAUCAAUGGCGGCAGUUGCUCCUAAUGAAAAGUGACAACUCUGGUUUCCUUCCCCUUCUAUCAAAAAUGGAUCCUAUUUCACUCUGCAAUCGGAAUUCACUUGCAACCUCACCGCCGCUCUCUGUCUUCUCUACUUUCAACGACACUCACGCUCAUCACUUUCGCCUCAAACUCUUUUCUUCUUCUCCAUCUAGACUGCGCUGCAGUUAUAAUGGCGGAAAAAUUGCUGAUACGGAUGAUGAUGAGCCGCUCACCCUUUCUCGGGCCUAUGGCGUGCUCGGACUCACCCCGCAAUGCUCGUCUGCACAAAUAAAAGCUGCUUUUCGAGCCAAAGCGAAGCAGUUUCAUCCGGAUGUGAUGGGAGGUGCUCAGGAAUCGGAUGCGAUGAUUCGCCGUGUGAUUCAAGCAUACGAGGCCUUCUGCUGCAUAUGUGGUGGCACUCUCUUCUAACCAACAGAAUUUGUUAUAUCAAACAGAUUUUAUCCAACUACAGCAAAUCAGAAAUUAUUGAAAGGGAAUGUAUGGAUCCAUUUGAGCAACCAGAGUGUGAGGCAUAUGAUGUAUUUAUCAAUGAGGUUCUUUGCAUGGGCAAAGGUUGUCCAUAUUCAUGUGUAAGUACAGCCCCCCAUGCUUUUAGAUUUUCUUCAGCAACAGGGACUGCUCGUGCAACUUCUCAAGGGCAUGCUGGAGACUAUCAAGUUCAACGUGCAGUCGGUCAGUGUCCGAGGAGUUGUAUGCAUUAUGUCACUCCAUCACAGAGAAUUAUUUUGGAGGAACUUCUUGACAGCAUCCUGGACAUGCCAUAUGAUACAUCAGCAGAGGCUGAGUUCCUUUAUUCUCUCAUCGUUAAAGCCCGAUACGAGAAUAAUCGAUAUCAAACUCCUAAGAAGAAGCCCAAGGUCUCAAGCAAGCAUGUAGAUUGGCUCUAAAUACAGCUCAAUGGCUAGAUUUAGAAAUUCAAUGUAUAUCACUGUUGAUUUGUACAUAUGUGGAGCAGUUGUUGUUUUCCUCACUCUCUUUCAUAGAGAAAAAUAAGUUACACAACUGAGGAGAAGUGUUGAGGAAUAUGAUUUCAUAAGCUACCGUUGAAACUCAA